CUGCCUAUUUAUGGACACAAUCAUAAGGUCCAUUUAAGAUCUCGCAAUCUUAACAAACCUAUUCAUUUGUCCUUUUUUUUGAAAAAAAAUAUACAGAAAAAUAUUUUGAUAUGUAUAAUUGAUCAUAUAUACUAGCUAGCAAGUACAUUUUGAAAUGUUUUCUUUACAAGGAAGUGAUGAUUUAUUAAUUCAAAUUCUCUCAAAUACAUGUCAACAGAAGAAGAAUUCACAAGAUGCAGUUAUGGAUUUGGCUUCUACGGAUACAAUUACGCGAACUCAUAUUCCUCCAAAUAUUAAUUCACAGAAGAAUAUAAUAUCGAAAAGAAAACUGAGUACUAAUAGUAAUAAAAACGAUGGAAUUGCUUCAGAUGAUCAUUUCAAGCUUAAAAAAAUUAUACAUAGAGAUAUCGAACGUCAAAGAAGACAAGACAUGGCCGCGCUCUAUUCUUCUCUUCGUUCUCUCCUUCCUCUACAAUAUGUCAAGGGAAAGCGUUCAGUAUCUGAUCAUAUGCAUGAAGCUGCGAAUUACAUAAAAGAAAUGCAAGGAAACAUAAAGGAACUAGAGAAACGGAGAGACUUGCUGAUGAAGUCAAUUCGACAUGGAAAUGAAAAUGCUGACAAAAAUAACAGAUUCACAGAUUGUACUGUCACAGUUAGCCCCUGGCUGCAGGAAGGUAUAGAGAUCUCAAUCAACGUCGAUUGUGAAGGGAAAAUUUUUCCUCUUUCAAAAAUUCUGGGUGAGCUUUUGAAACAAGGGCUUAAUGUGGUUAGUUGUGUUUCUGCAAAAGCGGAUCAAAGGUCACUCUACACAAUUCACACUGAGGCGUGUGAUAUGAACAACAUUGAUCACUUGGCAUUGCAACAAAAAGUGAUUGAUAUGAUCAACCUGGACUUGUAGUUCUCAGUUUACAAUUAAUAACAUAUCAUGCAACUGCAUUUCUACAAGCUUUUUACCAUGAG